AUGGAGCUUCUCUCAGCUGAUGGAGUGCCUUUCCACAAGUCUUGCUUCAAGUGCUCUCACUGCAAAAGCACGCUUCAACUGAGCAAUUAUUCAUCAAUGGAAGGUGUGUUGUACUGUAAGCCUCAUUUUGAGCAGCUCUUCAAGGAGACUGGUAGUUUCAACAAGAACUUUCAGUCACGUAUGUACACCUCUUGCUUUUUCUUCACCUUUUCUUUGUUACCUUUUGAUCAAACUCUUACUUGUGGUCUCACUUUGAUUUCAAUCUUCAAACUUUCUUUCGUCUUUAAAGCUGCAAAGCCAUUGUCUGACAAGCUAACCCCUGAGCUGACAAGGACACCUAGUCGACUUGCUGGAAUGUUCUCUGGAACGCAAGACAAAUGUGCUACUUGCAGUAAAACGGUGUAUCCUAUCGAAAAGGUUAAGCUUGAUGAUACCACUUUCACUCUGUGA